UGUCAGGCUGACCAAACCAACUCGUUUAAAUGUUUACCCCGAAACCUGAAAUCAAGAUUCAGUACACUCCAGCUCUGCUGGUUUCACCAGGCUAGAGGAUUUACAUUCAAUGAAACAGUCAUAGAAGACGUCGAAAUAUCUGGAUCCUUCAGACGCACCCUGGCAGCGUCGUCUUUGUGAGACCGAUUUCUUAUAUCAAUAUUCCCUCUUCAUCACAUUGAAUGAAGAUUCUGAUGACCUAAGAAGACCUGCACAGUGUUAAGGUUGUGUUGAAAGACGUCAGAUUGCACCGAAAGAGAAGUGAAACUAACAAAGAAUAUCACAAUGCUCUCACAAAGAUAUUUCAGAUUUUGGACAAUGGUUACAGUUACUUGGUCAUUGAUUGACGUUGUUGCUCUUACAAACUUCUUUCCCCUUGAUAUUCCUCCCUCUCCUGUGUUCAGCGGAAAUACGAACAUGCCAGAUCAAUGGAAGUCCAUGUGCAAGACCAGAAGCGACAAGACUAACAUAUCAUAUAUCUCCAUAUAUUGCCACGUAAAUGAAGAGGAUGUAUGGGACUUGAAUCACUUCCGGAACUGGUCAGUUGUGUUAGAUAAUGACACCCUUGUGUCCCUCGAUAUAGUCUGUGAGGCUGGAGCACGGAUCUGUCUACCCUGGCCGUACAGAGCUUUACACCUGCACACGCUGAAGGUCAACAGGUGCACGAACACAUGCUACUACUCGGACUUCAGUCGACCGGAAGUGUUAGAUAUCCCAGACUCACUGAGGAUAUUUGAAGGUUAUGAUGUGACAGAGGAGAAGAAAUUGCUAGAUAUCUUGUCCAUUGACAUAAAGAGUUUACCGGCUCCAAUGGUGUGUGUUCCAAUGCACCUGGACGUCUUUAUCUAUAGAAACAGGCGGCUUAAAAUCCUAUUUGACGAGGAUAGAGAAGAUUACCCAGAUCUUUUGGACCUGAAUAUCACUGACACGAUCACGAAGAACAUACACGAUAUGGAUGAUCUUGACUACGUAUGCAACUAUGAAAAUUUGAGAGUGUUUGAUAAAAGUCAACGGAUUCAAGCUUCGUCCACCCUUAUCUAUUCAAGUGUAGUCAACUCACGAUUCCCUGAACUUCGAAUACUAAACUUCUCAGAUACAGAGUUGCAGGUAUUCCCCCCAAUUCUUUCAGUCUGGAGGCGUCGCUUCGACAAACUGCAGAUUUUGGACCUUUCUCAUAAUAACAUAUCCCGGUUUGAAUUAAGAGACGCAAGCCUUCUCUCCCAAGAUGUUGGUAUGGUAGAUCUCAGGUUUAAUGACAUUCAUACAAUUGGUGAAAAUGAAAUUGAAUCUUUUUCAAAAGUUGACGGAGUUGUGAUUAACGUGAGAGACAAUCCAUUUCGGUGUGACUGCGCCAUGGGAAACUUCAGCGUAUAUCUUCAGAGGUAUGGUAGUCCAACUGAAUGUGGUUUAAACAAGGACUAUGCAUACCUCUGGGACUUAAAAUGUGUCACACCAAACAGGUUUCGAGGGAGAAAGAUCGUCGAGUUCACACGAAAGAUGUUAUGUUCCAGUGAUAUGACAGCCUACAUUUCUCAGAUAGCAGCUAUUUGUGUAAUUGUGAUCAUGUUCUUGAUCUUCGUGAUACUUUGUGUUAGAUAUAGAAAGGAAAUACAAAUCCUGACUUUCACACGCUGCAACAUCCUAGAGAAGAAGAAACAUCUCCCGUGUCAGACAUUUGAUGAAGCACGUAGCGAUAACAUCUCUGACAAGCUGUUUUGGGAUAGAAAGUACGACGCAUUUGUGGCCUACAGUCAUAUGGAUUCAGAGUGGGUCGUGCAAACUCUCCUCCCUCGACUGGAGAGCGGUGCAAAUAUCUGA